AGGCUGCGAUGUUGUCCCCGACCCUCGGGCCCCGUUGCGAAGGAAGAGACAGAGUUUGUUAUGGCCCCUCACAACACAACAGUAGACGACUGCUGCCAAGCAUCUAUGGUCAAUGGCCCUGCCUGAACGGCACCCAGAGGCCAAUCCGCUGUUCAAAGAAGCUAAGAUGCGGUGCUGCCUGCCGUGGGUGGCUGGGCUCGUGGCUGUGCUGGUGACGGGCGGGGUGUGUGAGCCCCUCCUGAGUGUGCCCAACGCCCCCCACAACACCCUGACGCUGGACGCACACCACACCCUGCACCUCGUCCACCCCAAAGGAGAAGCCCAUGUGAACUGGGGCCUCACGCUGCCCGAAGGCGCGGAAGGGACUCCGUGUGGCGAGGGCGACUCCUGCCUCGACUUCGGCGUGGCGCGAGUGGUGGUGACGACCGAGGACCACUGCCAGAAGGUUGCCUGGACCAGCGGCGGUGACGGCGGCGGCGGUGACGGCGGCGGCGGCAACGGCAGCCUGUCGGAGCUGAAGGACUGUGUGCUGCUGGAGGGACACUGGUUCGGCGGCGGGCAGCAGAUAUAUCAGCCGUGGCCGAUCGAGAAGCAGCCGCGCGAGGAGACGGCCUACGUGACAGCUGACAUGCUGCAGAAACGCCUCAUGUGGUACGGCGGCGUGACGGAGGCGUACUGGGUUUCGUCGCAGGGCGUGGCGGUGCGGGUGGAGGAGGAGACGCCGCUGUUCCUGAGCGUCCCGGACACCGACGGCGACGAGACGGCGGACGAGCUGUGUCUGUCCGCCCGCCACGACGCUCCCUUCGUGGCCGCCCCGGGCACGCCCCUCACCCUCACCUACUUCCUCUGUACCGCCGACGACGUGAGGCAGGUCCACGAGGCGACCUUCCCCAAGUUCUUCUCGCUCCCCGAUGGCCCGCCGGACGCCCGUAUGAUCCGCGACCCGGUCUGGUCCACGUGGGCAGAGUACCACGCCGCUGUCAACGACUCCAGAGUGCUCGAACUUGCGCGGUCCAUCACCGAGUUCGGCUUCAACAACAGCCAGGUGGAGAUCGAUGACAACUGGGAAACGUGUUAUGGUGAGGCUGUGUUCAACCCGGAGCGAUUCCCCGACCCGAAAGGCUUGGUGGAUCAGCUGCAUAGCGAGGGCUUCCGCGUCACGCUCUGGAUCCACCCCUUUAUCAACGACGACUGUCCAGCCUUCACCUACGCAGACCAGCAGGGAUACUUGAUCAAGGACAGCACCGGCACCACCCAGCUGACGCAUUGGUGGCAGGGCAAUUCCGCUGGUGCCGUGGACUUCACCAACGAGGAUGCGAGGUCGUGGUGGCUGCAGCGCAUCCUGGACCUGCAGCAACAGACCGGCAUCGACAGCUUCAAGUUUGACGCGGGCGAGACCUCUUGGCUGCCUGAGAACUACACGCUGGGGGUGGACGAACGGCUCUGGCCCAAUUUUUUCACCUACAAGUACGUCGAGUCGGUGGCCCAGUUCGGGAACAUGGUGGAGACAAGAGUGGGCCGCGGCUCGCAACGCCACGCUAUCUUCGUCAGGAUGCUCGACAAGGACUCCAUCUGGGGCUACUUCAACGGCAUCAGCACGCUCGUCCCCUCGCUGCUACACUCAGGGAUCCUGGGCUAUCCCUUUGUGCUGCCGGACAUGGUGGGCGGCAACGCAUAUGGGAUUAGUCCAAGCAAGGAGCUCUUCGUGAGGUGGGCCCAAGCCAACGCGUUCAUGCCGGCCAUCCAGUUCUCCAUCCUCCCCUGGAACUACGAUGACGAGACGAUAGAGCUGUGCCGGGAGGUGACGAGGCUGCACGCGGAGUACACACCACUGCUGCUGAGCCUGGCGGAUGAAGCAACGACCUCUGUGGCACCAAUGAUGAGACCGACUUGGUGGCUCUGUCCCACCCUCGAGGAGUGCCUCACCGUGGACCAGCAGUUCCUUGUUGGGGAUGACCUCCUGGCGGUGCCUGUGGUGACUGCCGAUGCCACCACCCUGGACGUGGUGUUGCCGCCUGGAGAGUGGCAGCAGGCAGGCACGGAGCUGACUGUCACGGGGCCCACCACCAUCACCGUGGACAUCACCCUCAGUAGUAUCGUCUACUUCACCAGGGUCACGUCAUAGGGACCUCGCACGCUGGAGGGCACCCCAGCACUUGUCUUCGUCUAUUUUUCUUCGAUGAUGGAUGGCGCUGUGGUCACGUGGGUCCCGCAGUCCAUCUUGAAUGACCUCGAGUGCCUUGAGCUACAGGAUUGGAGGUCAAGACGAUGAUCAGGGGACGAAUGGCGGCUCGUGGCGGUCACCUAUACAUACGCUUGUCCUGUGAUGAAGAGCUACGGCAAACUAAAUGAAAAGCAAAUAAACUAUCCGCUUGCUUGCUUGC